AUGGACGCGCCCUUACCGCCUGCACGUGAACUGUUCACAGAGGCAGUGAGAGCUGUUUUGGACACCUGGCCAGUGUUACAGAUAGCAGUUGACAACGGCUUUGGAGGGGCGUACAGCCAGCAGAAAGCGGAUUGGAUGGUGGAUGCCGUGCAGCAAUAUUUCCAUCAAAAUGCUGACUUGGAGCAGUAUGAAGUGGAGGACUUCCUGGCAGACCUGAUGAACAAUGAGUUUGACACAGUAGUGGAUGAUGGUAGUCUGCCUCAGGUAGCUUUGCAAAUAUGUCAGCUGUUCAAGCAGUGUGAACAAGGGAAGCUGUCAGAGGUCAGAGGUCAGAUUGCCCAGCUGACACAGAAGAAGAAUGCAGGGAGGGCCAAGGCCACACCUGUAGAAACCCCUGCCGAUGAGGAAGAGGAAGAAGAGAGCGAAGAGGAGGAUGGUGCAGAGCCUAUGGAAUGUGAAGGAGCGGCAGAGGGAAAAUCGUCAGCCGUGUCAUCCAAAGAGAAAGACCCCCCUCAACCCAUUUCCCCAGAGGAGGACGGCUGGACUGUAGUGCGCAGGAAGAAGUGAGGCGUUCAGUAAGCAUGCCCGAGGGAGGGAGUACCUGUGACCUGCUCAACUUGCCAUCUGAACUGACUCUACACAGGACACACUCACAAAUUACUUAUACUAUGGGUAUAGAUCUCUGUGUGUGUUCACCUACACUAUGUUGGCCCAGGUUUACAUGGGCCUUAGAGGAACAUCUGUUUUUUUUUUUAAGUAACUGAAUACAGUUUGGCAAAAAAUGAGAGGAAUACCAGACUUAAGGCUGGACACCCAACCACUGGGCAUAUAUCCAGCAGAAGUGUCUACUUGACAGAAUAUAUUUAUUCAGCUUUUUAUUUGUUGUGUACUUUAAACUGCCUGAAUUUGAAUUAUUAAGAACACUUUCAAGAGGAGUAUGCAAUAGAAACUUGUACUGAUAAUGUAUGACUGCAACAUCAAUAUUCAGGUGCAGUUACAAUGGUUAGAUGCCAGUGUUUUUGACAUCUAUGGUCUUAAAAUGAACAACAUUGUUCAUUCUUGCCCAGAAUUAUUUACAGCUCUGGGAUCUGAGAUUUCUCAUUGAAUUUAUAAGAUAUUUGCCAUGACCUGGUCUCUGAAACUUCUCAACAUGACUUAAAUUUAGUCUAAAAUAUUUAUUUUUUCUUUUUGACAUCAGUGUAAAUAUUCAUAAAUAUUGCUUGAUGGCAAAAAAGGCUGCAGUCCAGUUGGCUUUGCCUGCUUUUUCAGCCUCCUUCAGAGAAAGCUAAGGCAGGGAUACCUUAAGUGGUUGAUAUGAAGCGCUGAGCUCUGUAGGUGAACCAGUUCAUUAAUUAACUUUUGAAUCAGAGCCCAUUUCACCUGCAGUGCUUUUGGGCAGGGGUUCUAAACAGUCUGAAAGCAGGCAGUGGAACUGAAGUAAGAGCCAGAUCCGUGCCCCAAGACCGGCUGUGCCGUCCUGCUUUUGGCCGGUCCUCAGGGAACCCUCCCCUGGCACAUCUCCAUGUGCAUUUUAAUCAUCUUCUACAACUUGUCUGUAAUCCAAAAUCUGAUCUCAAAAUGACUUACCGUUUGUAAGGCUAAAAUAACAGAGACAGUCUCAGUCUAUGUUAUGUAUUAAAUCUAGUCAUUGCAUCAGAAUGAAGAGUCAAGAUUAUUUGUGAAGAUAUUUUGUUUCACAGCAGGGAACCAACAGCAAAGAUUUUGUUAUGGAUUGGUUCUUUAUCUGUCACUUUUUUGGUAUCUGCCAUGUACUUUUCC